UUUCUACUAAGGAGUCCAAUUUGUAUCCCUCACAGCAUCUUGUAUUUUUGUAUCAUUUCACUUUAGUUAAUUAUUGCAAUGUUAUUAUAUACCUACUUAUUUAUUUAAUAUGUUUAUGGCAGUAUAUUACCCAAACUGAUUUAGUAAUAUUAAUGUCCAAUAAAACAAUUAUCAAAACCAAUCAAUAUUGAUGUCAUCAUUAAUAUAUAAGAAUAAACAAUGAACUAUGAUAAUGAAGACUUUAAUUAAACACAUUGAACUAAAAAAAUAUGGGACUCUUUCAGAUAAUGACCCCAUUAUCUUCCCCGGGCCCAUUCAAGAAGUACCAUUGACUAGGUAUGGCGCCGACGAGAACGACAUCCCAGAAAAAUGCAGGAACAAGAACUACUGCACUAUCAAGCCAGUAGACUAUCCUCAGGAGAGAUUCAACAGCAUGAUUAAAAGUAAAUCUUUGCAGCAAGUAAGCUUAGUCCAGUCCGAUCUCGAUGAUAGACAAGGUGAUCCCGAGGAAAUAGACAACUGCGAAACACUAGUUGAGUUUGAGCCGCUGUACAGGGUGCGAACGAAAUUGGGAGAUUGGUAUACCGUUGUCCAAGCUCCCGAGAAAAAUUAUGUACAAAAAGUGAGAACGGAAACUUGCAAGGGCAACGAUCAACCGUGCUUCACCAUCUUCCCACAAAAAGACAGUUAUACAACUUUCUGCAAACAAAAGUUCAGUACGUGGGAGUUUGUCGUCGAGGCCAAAGGCGGCACUGGGAAAUUUGAAACGGUCAAAAUCGAUCUGCCUACAUGCUGCUCAUGUCACUACAAAAUAACAUUUUAAAUAUACGACAUGCUAUGACUUUAUUUGUAUAUAGCUAUUACGUUAUGCGGUUCAAUUUAAUAUAUAAUGGUUCAAUUUAAUAUAUGUUGGUGAAGUGCAGCGCAAACCACUUUUCAGUACCAUAGCGUUUUCGUAUUUGUAAACGAUGAAACGAGAAUUAAUUAAUUAGGUAACAUAACAAUAAAAGCCACACCCAUUCUCACAUAUCCGUUUUUCCUUUUCGCUGGCUCUGUAACGCUUUUCGUUAAAUUCUGCCGAUGUCAUGUGGACAAACAGCUUCUUCAGGAUAAACUAUUCAAGUUUGUGGACGUACUCUUUGCUACACGUCUCUAUAAGUAUAUAUCUCCGACUCGUCAAAAAAUAUUUCAAAAAAAUAUUGCGAUUGAACCUCAACACAAGCCGGGGAUUUUUUCAAUUAAAAUACCUUAUGGACAUAAAGCUUUAAAUAUUCAAUUGUUUUUUUUUUCAUUAAUAAAAUAUCUGUGAUAUUAGUUUUGCUGUUGAAUAUAACAAACUGUUUUGUAUUAUUUUUUUAUCUACAUACAAACUAUUAUACUUGAUAAAUGUUCCAUCACAAUCCUUUAUUAAUAUUUAUCUUGCUAGAAGAAUUCUCCAGUCUUAGAUUUCCCAUCUUGGGAUACUUGGGACCGAUAUACGUUGAAGGCAUUUUUCUGUAAUAUAGCAUUUUUCUGUAAUAUACUUAAAAAUAGCUGGAGUAGGUGAGCCUCUUUUUCAGUAAAUAUAGAUACUUUUGCCGAAUGAUUAUAUUAUUACAUACCUACAUUAAUAUUCUGUGAUCUCACUUUCAAAAAUAAUAAAUAGAGACAAAAUUAUUAUAAUUACCUUUGGUGGUUUUAUUGCGUUCUAAUUUCUAUAUUUAAUUCUUUGUUUUAUUAAUGACACUAGUAAUAAAGGUGUGUAGUAUCACAGUUAUAAUAUUUGACUGAAAUUAAAUUACAUUGU